AUGGCAGCGGUGACGAAGAAGGUUAAUGCUCAUUCGUAUACUACUUUGCAACCGGAGGGGAUUGCUGUUCCUCGUCCUAGUGCCAGUCUGGUCCUCCUAGACGCCCAAAACCGCAUCCUUCUAACUCAUCGAACCUCCACAAUAGGUUCCUUCGCAAACGCUCAUGUCUUCCCAGGCGGGAAUCAAGAUCCCAAGGACACAUCACCGGAAUUCUGCGCCAUAAGGGAAACAUUCGAAGAAACGGGUGUAUUGCUAACAAACCCUGAACCACCAUCUUCUCUACUUCCACAGUUCCCGCAGAUAAGAAGGGAUGUUCAUUCCAGGACUCAUAGCUUGACUUUCAACCAAUUUCUUAAGGAGAAUGGGUUGGAAGCUGAUGUUGGUGGGUUAAUACCGUUUACGACGUGGAUUACCCCACCGACUAUGAAGAAGCGGUAUGAAACUCAUAUGUUCCUUGGGUUUUUACCGUUGUCUUCUUCGUCAACGAGUAGUAGUAGUUCUUCACAACUACCGACAUCAGACGGAGGCGUAGAGACAGUAUCGACAACAUUCAUGACAGCCGAAGAAAUCCUAACCGGAUUGAAAAAAAACUCUAUCAUUUUGUUCCCACCACAAGCCUAUUUGGUUACAAGACUAGCAAGGUUUUUGAACGAUAAGGGAUUGAAGGUGGAGGAACAGAGGGAGAGGAUUAAGGAAUGGAUCGAAGAGGAAGGGGUGGGGAAGUAUGUGUUCGAACCUAGACCCGAGGGGAAGACGAAGGAUGGGAAGAGAUUGAUAUUGGGGUAUGGGCCCAGAGGGGAUGUUAAUAGGAAGUCGGUGCUUAAGUUUGGGAAGACGGGGUUACCGGCGGAUUUGCAGAUUGUGGAGGCGACGGAGGCGGCGAAGUUGUGA